CUCUGCGCCACGCCACUCCCCCUUCCCCAUGCCCGGCCACAAAAACUUAGCGUUUGGGUCUGGAACGAGUAAAGUUUUCGAGCCCGCAUUUCCUCUAGAGAAGAAAUCGAAGAGGCAAGAGGGCUUUGGCAGAGGGUAAUAGCAGUUUUUGUCCUCUUAUGUCUAUAUCUUCAAGAUUUUCCAAGGUGGGCUAGGUAAUCUAAACGUUCAUGAACUUUAUAAGACAUUCUGUUCGCCUAAAGCGUAUCGGAGGACAUCUGAGAACUCGCCAACCCGUGAAAAAUGUCAGCCGUAGUUUGAGCAACGGACAAGAUUCGCAUGAAUAUGAUCUCAUUGUGAUUGGUGGUGGAUCUGGGGGACUUGCAUGUUCAAAGGAAGCCGCUAAGUAUGGCAAAAAGGUUGCAGUCUUGGACUAUGUCUCUCCCUCCUCACAAGGUUCCAUUUGGGGCCUUGGUGGAACCUGUGUCAAUGUGGGAUGUAUCCCUAAAAAGCUGAUGCACCAGGCCGCACUCCUGGGAGAGUCAUUCAAGGAUGCAAAACAUUUUGGAUGGAAUGUUCCUGAAAAUAUAACCAUUUCAUGGGAAGCACUUGUGAAGGCUGUACAGAAUCAUGUCAAAUCACUGAAUUGGGGCCACAGAGUUCAGUUGCAUGACAAAAAGGUUGAGUAUCUUAAUGCGAAGGGAUCAUUUUUGGAUUCUCACACAAUUAAGGCAGUGUUAAAGAAUGGUACUGAGAAAACUCUGCGAGCUGAAAAUUUUGUAAUAGCUGUUGGUGGAAGACCAAGGUUUCCUAAAGAGGUUCCAGGUGCAGUUGAAUAUGGUAUAAGCAGUGAUGACAUUUUCUCCUUAAAAAAGUCCCCAGGGAAAACGUUAGUUGUUGGUGCCUCAUAUGUUGCCUUGGAGUGUGCUGGUUUUCUGACAGGUCUUGGAUUUGACACAUCAUUGAUGAUGAGAUCCAUUCCCCUCAGAGGGUUUGACCAGCAAAUGGCACAACUCACUACUGAUUACAUGGAGAAUCAUGGAACAAGAUUUCUGAAGCAAUGUGUGCCAGUCAGGAUAGACAAAGCUGACAAUGGCCUACUUCAUGUAACAUGGAAAGAAUCUGUGACGGGUGAAUCACACCAAGAAACAUUUGAAACUGUUUUGUUUGCGAUUGGUAGAGACCCUGAAACGUCUCAGUUGAAUCUUGAAAGUGCCGGAGUACAAGUGCAUCCGCAAACCAAGAAAAUAUUGGGAAACAACAAUGAACAAACCACAGCUUCACACAUUUAUGCAAUUGGUGACGUCCUUGAGCACCGUCCAGAGUUGACGCCUGUGGCUAUCAGGGCCGGCAAGCUGCUCGCUGAUAGGCUGUUUGGAGGGUCUGACGUCACGAUGGACUACAGCAAGGUAGCCACCACAGUGUUUACACCGUUAGAGUUUGGAACAGUUGGACUGUCAGAGGAGAAAGCCAUUGAGUCCUAUGGAGAAGACAACAUUGAGGUAUACCACGCCUUUUACAAACCUCUUGAAUUUACCGUGCCCGAGAGACACGUCGAGCAGUGUUACAUGAAGGCCGUUUGUUUGCGGGAAGGCGAGCAGGAAGUUUUAGGUCUGCAUUUUCUUGGGCCUAAUGCUGGAGAAGUUAUUCAGGGUUUUGCUGCCGCCAUGAGGUGUGGUCUAACUUACACCAAUCUAUCCUCAACUGUUGGCAUACACCCGACAUGCGCAGAAGAGGUGGUUAAGAUGCAUAUCACCAAGAGGUCUGGUGAUGAUCCCACUGUGACGGGCUGCUGAGGAUAAUUUGCUCUCACUAACAACUGCGACCCGGAAAAUUCCCACAUUUCCUUGCAGUGCGCUAUGAUUUCUUGUACACGCAGCGUAAUUAAUUAGCUGUCAACCGUUUCAGUUUUUCGUGGCAAAUGUAUUUAUUUCAUACGCGAGUAUUUUAUCGUCACACGGACCCAUUUGACGUGGCAUUCAUCUCUUCUGUUAUCCAGCGAGAAAUAAGCGCGUAUUUUGUAAAUUUUCAUUAGUGUGCCGGAGAUUUGCCAAAUGUUAUUAUCCAUUCAGAGCAUAGUAUGACUAACAAGUAGUCUCGCUUUGACGUCAUGAUGCUAAGCGACGUCUGCUAGGGAAAACCGCUGCCCAGUUUUCAAAUCUUUGAUUGGAAAGUCCAACCUCGAUCCCAGCCUCUCUCUCCUUUGCCUUCCCUUCAACCUUUAAUUUCAACCUUCAAGGACAAAGGAGAUAAAGAAGAGAGAGCCUGGGAUCGAGGUCAGUAAAAGCUAACCUCGUCCUCAGGAUGCUUUGCGUUUAAAGAGAAGACUUCCCUGGAACAAGUUUGAACAGACAUGGGCCAGAAAAUGUGCUUCUUUCUUUAUCGCGAGUAAGAUGUAGUAAAAAAUACGUGUCAAGUUGUGGUGGGUUCUUCCGGGAGCAAAGUGAGAGCAGAAACAAUUUUUAUCCCUGCAAGAGGAGAGCUUGUAUUUAUGACGAAAGGUUUUGAAAUUGUGUAUCACAAGAGAACCUUUCCGAAUCAACGACAAGUAAAUUUUUUUUAUUCAGUAGAAUGCUGUCUACUGUGAAAAGACAAAAGAACAAAUAAGCAACAGAAUAUUGUAAUGGUGAAGAUAAAUGCUAACUUGAAUUGUAGUUUUCAUGCAAGGCAGCUAUUGACUGUUUCGUGUUUCGUGACUAAUUUUGUAACAAAAAUAAAGUUGAAUUGGAAAUA